AGACUGGAGCCAAGGCUUGUUUACAGCAGUGAUUCUACGGAGUGUUGACCGAGAACGAGGGCAAGUGAUAGGAUUGCUGCUUAGGCAACGCUUUUGGGGCCACCGUGGCUAAAGGAUAGAAAUACAUCUUUACAACCGAUAAACGUCUUACAUGUCACACCGGUGGAUUUGGUUACGAGUAAACCGUAGGCUACUCCACCCAACCGAAGCCUCAUCAAGCUCGAGAUCCGUUUCUCUUGCGUGGCACAAGUCUUUUUUAGCUGCGGACCCGUCUGCUGCGCAAACGGCUAAGAUAGGCAGCACAUAGGGGUGAAAACAGGGUGAAAUCGGUGAAACUGUUUCUUCCAACCGGUUUCGUCCUGGAGAGAGCGAAUGGAGUAACAUUCCCAUUCAUUUCUCAUCCCAGCCACCACCCAGUGGACGUAUUUUCUCCUUUUGAUUCAUAUUAUUCAAAAGGACAGCAACCACGAAAGAAAAAUAAUUUAGACUGGAAAUAAUCUUGGUCUUCAUUUUGGAUAAUCGCUUCAUUAUUUGCCAGACAUAAAAGGACGCAUCAUUACUGAUGUUUCAAGAGAUGGAGACUGAGGAUGCGGAUUACUAUCAUCUCUCGAGUAAAAUCUGCGGCUCCAAUGCCUUGCCAGCCAUCCUAAAAUCAUUGUGUGUUUGGCAAGAAUAACGAACUGUUUUAAUUUAUUGACUGUGAGGUUCUAAUUCACAUAACACAUUGCUUGAUUUGUAAGAUUUAAACAAGAGGAAUCAUCCACACACCGAUGUGUCGACCUUUAAACGAAUCUAUUUAACCGGACCUCAUGUUUUUGUUCUUACCAACAUUUUGUGAGCCAGGUGGCAAGUUCUCUGUUCCGCACUCAUUUGAAUUCUGGAAUCAAAUUCUUUGAUUUUUAGAGGAGUGAACAAUUUACAGGAAUGAGAUCUAGGACAGAGAGGGAUAGUUCGACCUUGUUUUGGGGUCUGAUGCUGUCUGUCUCAACGCUCUUCAUAUGGUCUGGAAAUGGAGAGAUCUGUGGUCCGAGUAUUGACAUCCGGAAUGACAUCAACGAGUUCAAGCGCCUGGAUAACUGCACGGUGGUGGAGGGCUACCUGCAGAUCCUCCUCAUCUCCGACAAGACCAACAACCUCAACCAGGAGCACUUCCGCACGCUCAGUUUCCCCAAGCUGCGGGUCAUCACCGACUACCUGCUCCUGUUCAGGGUCUCCGGCCUGGACAGCCUCAGCACCCUCUUCCCCAACCUCAAUGUCAUCCGGGGUCGCAACCUCUUCUACAACUAUGCCCUGGUGAUCUUCGAGAUGACCAGCCUGAAGGACAUCGGCCUGUACAACCUGAGGAACAUCACCCGGGGAGCCAUCAGGAUCGAGAAGAACCCCGAGCUCUGCUACCUGGACUCAGUGGACUGGUCGCUCAUCAUGGACGCCGAGUUCAACAACUUCAUAGCGGGGAACAAGCAGUCCAAGGAAUGUGGGGAUCUGUGUCCAGGCAUCAUGGAGGACUCCCCCCAGUGCACCCAGACCAGCUUUAACGACAACUACAGCUACCGCUGCUGGACGUCCAACCACUGUCAGAAAGGUAAGAGCUGCCUGGGGGUGUCUUGGUUCCCCCCUCCCUCGGUUGGGGAGGUCAUGAGAGACGAAUCAACCUCACACAGACUAGGGUUGUGCACACUACGACCCUCUUUAGGUUUGCUGGGUUUUUACACGUUCCGCAUUGAUCUGCUGCCCGAAAAUGAGAUUGGUUUGUGGUCAUUUUUCUUUGGUUUCAGGGUAAGUUCAUUAUCUAAUAACUGGGGUAUUAGGAAGUGUUUGUGUAUGGGGAUUUUUACUGUGAGUUUAUGGUCAGUUGUGUUCUUGAGCCAGCGAGGUGGGUUGCAGACCCUCAAACACUCUGCCAUAAUGCUUUUUUUGGGGGGUCCCAGGGAUCAAUCCCACGAAUCCCUUCAGUGUUUUUCCUUAAUUUCCAUUAUGCUUGAGGAUUGUCAACAGGCCAGUGAAAACAUUUCAUUUCUGUUUAUUAUAGCGAGCUUUCCUUUAGAUCUAAUCUGUUUUUGGGGGUUGAAGAUACUUGCAUAAUGCUGCUCCAUGUGAUUUUAAGGUAAGGUUCAAGUUACUCUGCCAAAUAAGUGGCCAUUCUAUCUGUCUGGAGUAGGUCAGGUACAUAUUUACCAUCUCCUAUCUGGGGUUGAUGUAGUUAUGGUCAAGCUCAAUACAGUUUAAUUAACCGCAAUGGGUAGAUUAAAUGGUCCAUGGGAUUAAAUGGUUUUAAUAUAAUAUUAUAAUAUUAUAGUAUCAUAUUUUGUGUCAUUUUAUACCAGUGUUCUAACCGGUAUAAUUUAAAGUUGGUUCCAGUGAGACAGAGGCUUGUGUUUGAGGUAAUGUCAUUCAUCUGAUGGUACAUAAACAGAGGUGGUUAUGGGUGCAGACAGUGAAUAAAAAGACUGUUGUUGGUUUGUUGUUUGUCCAGGGAUUCUGGUUAUAUAAAGCUUUGUGGAUGUUCUUCAUCUUGAUGCGUGGCUAAAAGGGUGACAUCAGUGGCACAGCAAGCACCAAAUAGGCUCCGAUCGGCCCCUGUUUGUUUGUUUUGUCUCUAGACGAUUACACUCUAUGGAGCUUGAGGGAGGCUGGGUGUCUGUUAGGAGUCUGAAGUCUCUCUCUCUCUUUCUCUUUCUCUUUACAUUUAGUCAUUUAGCAGACACUCUUA